GGAGAAUCAGUUUUAUUCCAAAGCCACAAUAUAGAAUCAGUGUUUGGAACAGGCGUCGAAAAUCAAACACGCCCUCAGUAUAAUGCCAGCUUCACUUGUGGGCUGCUGCAGAAUCCCAGUUCGAUCUAUAUUCUAUAGAGCCAACAGCAUAAUGAAGCUUGAUUGUGAAACUUUAAUUCCACAGGGUUUACAGGGCAAUUUCGGCUUGGAACCUUAAAAGCAAGCGCGAGGCGAAGCACGCGAAAGAGGAGUUGACGCACUCUCUUCUCGGGCGCAGGCGGAAAUGGCGGAGAUUGCCCUCACUUUGGUGUUGCGCUUGGUUGAAGAGAUUGCCGUCAGUUUGGUGAAGGAAUUUCAGGAGGAGGCCACCUUGCUCCGGAGCGUGCAGGAGAACAUCAGGUACAUUAAAGAUGAGUUGGAGACCAUUGGAGCAUUCCUUCGUGCCGUUGAAGAUUUGCAAGAGGGUUACAAGCAAUAUCAAAUGGUCAAACCUUGGGUGGCUCAAGUGAAAGAUUUGGUUUAUGACAUAGAGGACUGCCUCGAGGAACAUACCAUUGUCUGCACCCAUAAUUCAAGUUGGUCAUCGAGGACACUCUGUAACAAUCGUCUCAGUCAUGUUGCUGCCAAAUUAAGUCAUGUCAGGUCCAGGACUGUUGAGGUGAGCGAGAGAAAGAAGCGCUAUGAACUUGUUGGUCCCUAUGAAUCCACCUCUCGUUAUAUGCCUAUUACGGUGGUGUUGGACGAUAGGCGGUCUCUCUUCUGGAAAAAAUCUAGUCAAAAUUAUGACUUUGGUGAUCCGAAGGAAGAUGUGGGUUUAUUGGCAUCUGCAUCGCCCGAAGAAACCAGCAAAGGGGCUCCCAAGGUGGCUGCAAUAGCUGGGAUGUGUGGAUCAGGCAAGACUUAUCUUGCUCGUGAGAUAUAUAAUGAGAAAAACCGUCAUUUUGCUUACCAUGCAUGGAUUGAAUUGCCACAGGAUAUGAAGGUCAUAAAGGUGUUUAGAGAUAUGAUUGUGCAACUCUCUCUUGUUUCUUCAAGCCAAACUGGAUAUAUUGGCGAAGAAGAGGAGCUAGCCCAUCAGAUUCAAAAUAAGCUAAAAGACAAACUGUUCUUGAUUGUUUUUGAUGGUUUAUGGUCAUCGCAUUACUGGAAUAGCAUCAAAAGGGCACUGCCUGAUACUAGCAUAAGUGGAAGUCUGAUAAUUGUGACAACAGAGAUCCUUCAUGUUGCAGUGCACUGCACAGAGUCAGCUGAUCGGGUUUAUUGCAUCCCGCGAUUACAAAAAUGGAAAUCAUUGGAGUUUCUGAAAGAUUCGGUUCUUAAAUCAGAAAAUGGAGCAAUGAGUCCUGAAGACAAAGAUGACUUUCAAGAUCUGGACCUGGACAGCAUUAAGGUACAUGAACCACCAUUCGACACAAUUGCAAAAGUACUGAAGAAAUGUGGGGGGCUCAAAUUAGCUAUAAAAAGUGUAGCACAAUUACUUGCCUCACAGCCCCCGCAUAAAUGGGGAGAACUAUGUGAAGAUCUUCCUUCAUUGCUCUACAAUGAUCCAAGGCUCGACAGAAUAAGGGAAGUGAUGACUCGUAGCUACAAAUUUCUCCCAGCUUAUCUUAAGCCAUGCUUCUUAUACCUCAGUAUUUUCCCAGAGGAUUCUGGCAUCAAUGUGGCAACUGUUCUGCGCCGAUGGGUGGUUGAAGGCCUUGUGAGGGAGAAGACUGGGAUGAGUGCCGAGGCUAUUGCAAAACGGUAUUUAUCCGAGCUCUUCGAUCGAAACUUGAUAAAGGCGACAAAAUUGACAAGGGACGGAUCAUGUGAGACAUGCUGGAUCCAUCGUAUGAUGCGAAAUAUCCUAGUCAUGACUGCACAAGAGGAGACAUUCUCGAUUACAGUAGGAAAAAACAUAAGUUCCAUUCUGCCAGCAAAGAGGUUUCGCCACCUAACACUAGAUGGUCCGAGUGACAGGAAGUUAGUUAAAUCUGUGGAUAUUUCGGGCAUCAGGUCACUGACAGUGUUUAAUGAACCGUCGGAGUCAAUUGCUUCACUUAUUUGCUCCUCCCAAAUGAAGACACUGCGAGUUUUAGAUUUCUCAAAUGCCAGAUUUAAAAUCACUCAGCGAGACAUACAGCACAUAGGAGAAUUGUGCCAUUUAAGGUACUUGAAUCUUUACGGAUCAAGUAUUUGUGAGCUUCCUUCUUCAAUUGGUAUGCUACCGUUCCUACAAUUUCUAAAUGUGAGGGAGACGCAGAUCAGAAGCCUUCCUAGUGAGAUCACUCGACUCGAGAGGUUGCAGAACCUUAGUGCUAGUAGAAAAAUAGAAGACUCUUGUCGCUGCAGAAACAAACACUGCUCAUAUAAUUCAGAAGGUGUAACGGUACCUAAAGGUAUAGAGACCCUAGAGAACAUAGAAGGUUUGGAAGUUGUGGACGUUAUGGGUGGCACUCACUCGACGAUCAAAGCUUUGGGAAAGCUAACUCGGUUGAAGAACCUGGGAUUGACUGGACUUACCAAGAAGAACAGCGAAGAAGUCUCCGAUACCCUGAAAAAGCUUUCCCCUUCAUUGAUUGAUUUGUAUCUCGGAGCAUGUCGAAAGAAUGGAACACUCUGCUGCCUGCCCAUGGACAAGGCAUCGCUGAAGUUCCCACGCCUCCGAACUAUAAAAUUGGAUGGCCAUAUUGGAAGAAUGCCAGAAUGGAUUUCGCAUUCAUUGACACUUUCUGUGGUAAUACUGUACAGGACAAAUCUGGAGCAAAAUCAUAUAAAGCUCAUGGAGAGAAUGCAGAGCUUGAUCACUAUUGCUCUCCUAGACAGUUCUUAUAUCAGCGAGAAGUUGGCUUUUAAUGCAGGAACAUUUACAGGGCUCAAGCAGCUGGAGCUUAUAGGAUUACCCGACUUGCAAGUAGUGAAAUUUGAGGACAGAGCGGUACGCCGUAUACGAAAAAUAUUCAUUAGGUCAUGUAAAGUGAGAUUAUUCGGCAGAAUGAAGCUAAAGAAACUCAGGGAUUCUGAUUUUGAUGUCGAUAGUGGUGUCGAAGUGGUGAACUGAUAGGGGGAAUACACUAUCGUGUUAGUUGUAAUCAUGUUGCCCGUUUGAGUUGUGUUUGUAUGUAGUUCAGUUAGUUUUCUAGUGCAUGUUCAGAGGUGUGCUGCGUCCACACCAUGAGUAUUUUUAGGCAUGACUGUUGUGCAUGAUCGGGAGUGUGAGUGGUGGAGCUUAUAAUCCGGAUCAUGGCGUACGAAUAGGUGCAUGUAAAGUAGUGGUCUUGCAUAAUAAAAGGAGUAGAAAAACCCAAGAAAAGGCUGCAAGCCAAGUUGUGCAGCGCAAAAAUCCAUCUAUUCCACUGUUCAUCUUCUUUCUCGGGUUCGUGCGAGUUUCAGGUGAUUGGGUGAUAGCAUGAGCUAGUUAUCUGCAGGAGAGGGGCUGCGAGAUGCAGCUCCAAUAAUUGGCAUCAAAGCCUCAAGAUUCGAGGACUUGCACGGUGGAGCUGCAGUCGAGGCGUUGUGGAGGCGCGGAGGCGCUGUGCGGCUGCGCGGAGGCACGGCGCGGCGGCCAUGGGGCCGUGGUGCUGGACGUCCUGAGGGGCGUCCACCUCGGGUUCUUCGAUUCGGUCCUUGACGACUACUGCUCGGACAUCAGGGAGGUUAUCAAGGGGAUGCAGCGCGAGGUGCUACGCAGCUGCACGGUGGCGUUCAGCCGAGUGAUCCCCCUCGAGGUCUGCGCCGAGGAGCACCCCGUGUGGAGGUUCGCCGAGCGGCUCGGCGCCAUCUGUGCUGCGGAUGUCGAUGUGACGGUCACCCAUGUCGUCGCGCUGGAUCCGGGGACUGAAAAGGCGCUGCAGGCGUCGGUAUGUCAAAGAUUAGGAGGUAAUCUUGACAGGUAGUAUUUGCAGGUUAAAUGUGUUUACUGGUAUGUAGUGGACGGGUGCAUAGACUCCAUGCAGUUAGU